AUGGCUACUGUUCGCAUAAAACAAGGCGCCCUUGAAGGGUCUGUACAAGAUGGCAUCUAUUCAUUCUUGGGUAUCCCGUACAGCGAACCUCCCACAGGCGACCGCCGCUGGCGACCCGCUUCCUCUCCACCAGCCUGGGAGGGUGUCCGGGAUGCAACUCGCUUCGGAAAAGCGGCAAUUCAAACCGUUGACACUGGGGUUGACCUUGGUGCUGAGUACAGUGAGGACUGUCUGUAUCUCAACAUCUGGAGUGGGAGUUUAGACCCGUCCGCACAGCAACCUGUCAUGGUCUGGAUUCACGGCGGUGGUUUCCUAAACGGAUCUUCCUCGAUGGAUGUUUAUUCCGGUCAAAAUCUAGCACGUCGCGGCGUGGCUGUCGUAUCUGUCAACUAUCGUCUCGGCGCAUUUGGGUUUCUGCGUCACCCAGAGGCUGGUGGCAAUUUUGCCGUCUCGGACUGGGUUGCUGCUUUGAAAUGGGUGUCUGAGAACGUUCAGAUGUUUGGAGGAAACCCCCAGAAUGUGACUAUAUUUGGCCAGUCUGCUGGAGCAGUGGCAGUCCGGACUUUGCUAUGUACCCCGGCCGCCCGCGGACUUUUUCAUCGUGCAAUCAUCCAGAGUGCUGGUUUUGAGGAUUACGCUGCUACACCAUCGCCAAACUCGGAGCGUGUCAACGAGACGAGCGAAAAAUUCUUCAAUCUGCUGGGAAGUCGAGAUCUAGAUGUCCUCCGUCGUAUCCCUACAGAGCAGAUCCGAGUCACAUCAUUAACAUUAUGCGGGACUCGUCCACCUCCUGGGUACCUUCACUCUCCGGCGAAUUUGGUAUGGUAUCCGGUACCCGAUGACGAGGUUGUGAUGAAAGAAUUCUCUGGCUGGGAUGAGCAGGUCCCCGUGCUAUUUGGUUGUACGGAGCAUGAAGCCCGGGCUUUUUGGCGUCCAACGGGUCUUCAUACGGCUCCUGGUCUAGACCCGUCAGAGAUAUAUACCGUUGAAACUCUGGCCAACAUGUCCAAAGUCCUAGCACGUGGUGGUGACCAUGAGAUGAUGAAUUAUUUUAACAAUGGCAAGCUCAGUCCGUACCAAGCGCUCACAGAAUUGUGCAGCGCGGCUAUCUGGAUGGAGCCAGCAAAAGCUACUUACCACAGAUUUUCUGCAUUGAACCGUAAGACCUACUUCUUCAUCUUUUCUCGCAUUUCACCUGCCGCCCAGCGUUCGGGUAUGCUUUCCUACCAUGGAGCCGAGAUACCUUAUAUAUUCGGUAACGUGUCACGCAAUGGACUUUUUAAACCAUGGUUUGGCAGAAAACCCCCAGCUGUUGAUGAUGGACCACAGCCCAUGGACAAAGACUUUGAUGCGAUUGACGUACAAAUUGCAAACGACGUUCAGAACGCCUGGGUGACUUUUGCUCAUACUGGAACGCCUCAGUUUUCAGAUGGUUCCCCAUGGCCCCAUUGCGAUACGAGAGACAUGAAGUUGACAGUCAUUGGGGAUCAGGUGGAAGCGAGACAGUGGUAUAUGGACAGGGUGGUCAGCAUCCUCAGUUCGUUGCGAGACCAAAAAGGGACUGAAUCUGCGUAG